AUGUCGUCGAUUUGGACCGUUCAGUCAUGGCUUCACAAGCAGCGCAGGCUGCGUAAGGGCAAAGUCCACCUCCUAGUGAAACUUCCAGAGCAAACUCCACACUUGCACACUUUCCAGCUCUUCCCAGAUGGAAUCAACAUGCAGCAGCCCCAUCAUUCGCGUGAUCAACUACAUGUAGUAGACAAACUGCUGCGAGCGGUGCACGAAACGAACGUCGUGCUGAUGCUGUCUCCGGCCCGGUCGGGGAAGACGUCGCUGCUGAAUCUGUUUGCUCUGCGCUGCCCCACUAUCCGCUGCGUCCCAAUACCGCUGGGCAACGUGAACUCGUCGGCUAGUGAGCUCCUGGCUCAAUAUGGUGUUGAUGUCGUGAAGCAAACGUACUCAGUGCCGUACAGUGACGGACUUGUCGUCUUCAUGCUGGACGACGCCCAGUGCAAGUACGACGACUUUUACUUCUGGAGCGGGCUGAUUGAGAAUAUGAUCCCGAAAGCCCCGAGCUACGUGCGCUUCAUCAUCACCUGGAGGACCCAGCGACGCCCGAUUUGUUCUGGUUCUGUAUUCGCAGCAAGAUCACGAGAGAGGAUUUCUUACUGGGCGAGGACGAAGCCAGAGCGAUGA